AUGAGCUUGGCGAGCUCGACGAUCUGCACGUGGCCCAUCACCGGCCAUGGGACGCAAACUAGUUGCAGAGCACAGCUACACAAAUCUGCACUUCAAAAACAAUUAACCAACAAAAAAAAGUACCUUUGGACUUGGGGAAGACGAAGACAGCCGGCGGCCCGAGCCUGCAUGAGAAAGCCCGAAAGACUUCCUCUUUCUCCUCUUCAUCUUACUGCAUCCCCUGACAUUUCCAAGUACGGUAUCGGCAAAUUUCCUCUUUAUUUUCGCAGCCAUUUUCUUCGUAUUUUCCAUAAAGCCGCCGGUUUCGCCGUACGACAGCCGACGGGAAAGGUCGAGUCUGGCGGCGGCGGCUGGCGGCGGCCGGGGGAGCAGAGGGGACCAAAUGGAGCUCUGUGCGUAGUUGAAAUCGAAAGCAGAGUUGUCCGGGAACUUGCCGAGGAGAUCGGUGGACAUGGAAGAUUCGAGAUACUCGACAACCUUUACCAAGGGGAGCGAAUCUUGGCCGUCGAUGGAGAUUUNAAUACAAAAGUAAAAAAAGUAGGUGGGAACAGAAUUAAAUUGAGAAAAUUAGUGAUGGGAAUGGUUUCUAAUGUUGUUUGGUGCUAG